GCGGGCGACUCCCGCCGCUCCCCGCCUUGCGACGACCUCUGGGGUGGGGGGACGCGGCGGGUCCCGCCCGCAGCCAGACUCGCCCGCCGCCUGCCCCACUCUUCGCCGCCGCUGCCGGCGCAGCCCCCUGCUCGCCCGAGCUCCGCCCGCUCGCCGCCCUACCUCCCACCCGGGUGCCGCCGGAGCUGAGGCGCCGGGCAGCUCGGCGGGCUGCCGCCCCACCAUGAGCGCCGAGUGCAGCAGCUACCUCAACGCCGACAAGGUGCUGGUGAGCGGGUUCAGCUGCCCGCGGACGGGCGGCGACGUCCGCGCCGUGUACUGCUGCGGCUUCCAGGACGUCAAGUACUGCUGCGAUGACCCCCACAGCUUCUUUCCCUACGAGCACAGCUACAUGUGGUGGCUCAGUGUUGGAGCACUUGUGGGCCUGUCAAUAGCAGCUGUGGUCCUCUUUGCUUUUAUCAUCACUGUGUGUGUUCUAUGUUAUUUGUUUAUCAGCACAAAGCCACGCAGCAAACUGGAUACUGGUUUAAGCUUCCAGAUGGCAGAUAGUGAGACUAGAGGGAGUUCGAUAUGUUAAACAGAGGCACUGGAUGGAUUCUACCAAUGCUGUAAUGAAAAUAGAUACAAAGCUGCAUCUUUUACAAGGCCCCCACCGAAACAAGCUGUUGACAAAGCCAAGUGGCUUCAAGAGAUUUCCUGAGCCACAAGGAUGAACUGUGACUGUGAGCCACAAGAACCUGACUCAUUCUUCCAGAGAUGUUUCCUGGUUGUUACAACCACUGUUGAUAACCAGAGGCCAAUCUGAAGCUGUGCCAGGAUUAUGUAUUUGUGUAUGGUUACUGUACUGAGAAGUAGUAUAUUUUGAUUUGCAAAUUGUUGUCUUUACCCAGUGCAAUUCCAGUGCGAUAAGAGUUGUCAGGCAGAGCAGAAUUUGGCACACCAUGUUGACCAAGCUUUAUUUUAAGCUUUCCCUGUGUGCCAUCUUAAUGUGGUGUCUUCAUGUCAUAAAUAUGGUUGUCUUUAGCCAAAUGUGAUUGCUCAAUGGACAAACGUGAAUGCAGUACCUCAAUAAAAUCUGGCAUUUGUUUGUGUUGUAUUUUUCUUAAUGCAUCAUUUUCCCUCACCUUUGUUUCCUCAGAAGAUUCUCAUGGAUCUUAAAAUUACUUUGGGAGAAUUUUCCAACACAAAAGUGAAGUUAUAAAAAGUGAAUUUAUAAAAAGUGAAUUUUUUUGGUUUCAAUAGCUGUUUUCAUAGGAAACAGUAAACACUGAAAUGAAUUGAAAUAAACAUAUACAGACCCCUUGCAGAGUAGUCUUCAUACUUAUUUUGAAGCAAACUAAAACUUUUCCAGUAGUGUUCAAGGCUGGAGCACUAAUUCAUGAAGUGUUGAACU